AUGAAAUCCUGGGAAGAACUCGUGGAGAGCAAGAAGAAGUUUCUUAAUAAACAAAUCCCUGAGGAAUGGAUAUUGCAAGAAAUCAAAUCACCAGAUGAAGAACCUAAUGUCUGUGUCUAUUUGGACAAACUAUUGGAUGAACGUGAAAUCUACAUUACAAAUUUAACAUUGGAUGAAUUGCUUUCAGAACAAUUAUCAGGGAAAUUAUCAGCACUAGAAAUUGCCAAAGCAUUCACUCAUAGAGCUGCUUUAACUCAUCAAAUUACAAAUUGCUGUACAGAAUUGUUUUUUGAUCAAGCUUACCAACAAGCUGAAAGAUUGGAUAAAUAUUUAUCAGAAACUGGGAAACUAAUUGGUCCAUUCCACGGUAUUCCUGUUUCUUUGAAAGAUCAGUUGAAUGUUAAAGGUGUUGCCACAUCAAUUGGUUAUGUUCAUAAACUGUUCAAUGUCGUGGAAAAUGAAGAAGAUGAAGCUGUCUUGGUGAAACAAUUAAGAUUACAAGGUGCAUUGCUUUAUAUGAAAACUACAGUACCAAUGGCAAUGUUACUAUGUGACACGUUUUCUGGUGCUUAUGGAUAUACCCAAAAUGCAUUGAAUAGACGCUAUUCACCAGGUGGUUCAAGUGGUGGUGAAGGUGUUGUUGUCAAGGCUAAAGCUUGUAUUUUGGGAAUAGGGACUGAUAUUGGUGGUAGUUUAAGAGCACCUGCUAUUUAUAAUGGUAUAUGGUCAAUUAGACCUACUGCUAAUAGAUUUUCGUAUUUGAAUGCUUUGAACUCUUGGGAACACCAAGACAUAAAUCCAUCAACUAUUGGUCCAAUGGCUAACAGAUUGGAAGAUUUAGAAUAUUUCGGGAAGCAUAUAUUGGGUGAUGAUUUCCAAUGGACUCAUGAUCCAAAAGUUCCACCAAUUCCAUGGAAAGUUGAUGUUGAAAUUCCUAAAAAGCUAGCAUUUGGAUUUCAAAAAUGGAAUAAUAUUGUUAUGCCACAUCCACCAAUUGUUAGAAUGAUGGAAGUUGUUAAAAAAGCAUUAAUUGAACAAGGCCAUGAAAUUAUUGAAUAUGAACCACCAAUCAGUGAUAUGGAAUUAUUUGAGUUUUCUGAUAAAGUCUUUGGGGUUGAUGGUUAUUUGGAAUUAGACAGAGAAGUUGCAAAUUCUGGGGAACCAGUAUUAAUGGAUGAGCUGUAUUCAUCAACAGGAUCAAGACCGAAACCAAUCACUUCAAUUGAGCCAUAUUGGGAACUAGCUGGUCAGAAGUACAGGUAUCAACAAACUUUUGCUAAAUAUUGGUUAUCAACCAAAGAGAAAACUUCAACUGGAAGACCAAUUGAUGCAUUAUUAACACCUGCAUGGAACUGUUGUGCUACAAGAUUAGGUAAAGUUCCAAAGAUCAAUGCUGAUUAUGCCGUUCAAUAUAAUGUUUUAGAUUUACCAGCAAUUCCUAUCCCUGUGGGUACUGUUGACUCUAAAAUUGAUCCAAAGGACCCAAAUUAUAAGCCAGUUAACCAUUUUGAUCAAGAUUGUUAUGAUAGGUAUGAUGCUGAGUUUUUUGAUGGGGCUAAUAUAUCUGUUCAAAUUGUUGGUUUACAAAAGUUUACAGAGGAGAGACUACUUAAGUUGGCUGGAGUUGUUAGAGAUUCUAUAAAGCAUUGA